CUUGUCUGCAGGAGCGUCGCGCGCUUACCGCGGGUUUGAGCAGCAGCACCUUUGAUGUGGGGAGCGUGAACACAAACGGGGGUGUGGUUUUUAUCAAUAACCACACCAGCUUACAAUAAAAUCAAAAUACUGCAAACCAGUCCGACGCAGAGAGGCGUUUUCCAUCAGAAACAGGGGGUCGGUUUUCUGAAAUAUAUUCGUCAGAAGAGAAGGUUUCUUGUGCUGUGUUGCGAUAAUGAAUAUGUGUGGACGGCGAUUCUCCUGUCGAGGCUUUCAGGCGCAUACAGUUGAUCGAUGAUGAAGAGAAGGAGAAAGAGAAGUUCUCACUGAACUGCUAUUUUAUUGUAAAAUAUGGGGUGGAUUAUACAGAUGGUCAUUUUCAUGGGAAUUUGGAAAAACUCAAACGAACCUCUAACAUGUAAGACUCCCUGCAGCGCGGUGUAUAGAUCUCCGCUUACAUAAGGGCGCUUUGUGUGAAACUGCAGGCGAACGGAAAUUCGGCCGUUCAACGCCGUCACUCUAUGUUAGUGGAUAUAACAUCAGUUGAUCACCUGUUAGACAGAGGUGGACCCAAGGCUGAGAACACAGAGCAAACAGGACAUCUCUCUUGACAUCAAAUAGUUUCUUUCUUGCUUACAUGGAUGAAUUGUAGCCUGAUGGAACCGAGAAUAUAUAAACACAAAAUCUCAAUCUUGUGCUGGGACAUUUCAAGCAAUGCUGGCUUUGAAAGAGCACUUACCCAAUAAUUAACAUCUGUCAGUCAUUCCUGGGGCUCAGUGUGAUUCCUUAAGCACUACUGUCAGCAAAGAAGGAAAGUUUCUGACAAAUUACAUUUCUGGAAGCACUGAGCGACAUACAAUGAACAACUCUCUGCAAGACAGAAAUAUGUUCACAGUACAAGCAGAUGUUAUAUUUCAUGCUGCAAACCCAGACUCUCCAGAACCAUCUAUCCCUAUUGAAGGGAACAAUAAUGUCCCCAGUAUGGAAAUGCUGCAGGAUCUCCAGGGUCCUUGGGAUACGUCAGAAACGGGAGGUCUGGUUGACAGCAGAAAUUUGGGACACUGUGGUGCUGUAACAGGUGCAGAAUACACACAAGAUGCUGUCUCUAGUGACAGUGGAUUUCAGGAGCAUAUUCAGCCCCUGGACUCAUCUAGAGCACAAAAUUUGGACAUCAGUGUGAGUGAAACUUCAGGUCAAGGGAAUAUUAAGGAAGAAACAAAUGGAACAAAGGUAGCUUGCGGUCUGUUUAUACCGGAGAACAAGGAGGAAAUCAACAAAUCAUCCAAUGUUCUCAGAGAAGGUGAGGUUGUUCAGAGCCAUUUUGACAUAAAAAAUGUCUCCCCCAUGUUAGAGGACAGAAAUCAUUCCUUUUCAGGCUCCCAGGAAACCAGGUCACUUGAGCAAACGCUAGGUUACUUUAUAAGUUCCUCUAAAGGAGCUGAUCAAACUCACUACAGAACAUUGCAUGGACAGACUGGGUUGGAAUCAAGCCAAGGGCUAAAGCACAGUGGAUCUGUUGUAAGGGAGGCUCUCUCUGUGAAAAAAGAGCCGGAUUUAGUCAUAGAAGUGGGUGGACAGAAAAUUCAAGCACACAAGUCAGUAUUAGCUGAGAAAAGUGAUUAUUUUAAAGCCAGGCUUUCUCGAGACAUACUAAAGGUAAAAGGAAUGAGCUACAAGACCUUAUCUGUGCUUGUAGACUAUGUUUACUCCUCUCAGAUGAAUGUAGCCAAAGACAAUGUUGUGGAUGUCAUCACAGGGGCAAAGAUUCUGCAAAUGCCCUGUGCGGUACAGGCUGCUAUCGACACCAUAUCCACACAGGUCACUCCAGAAAACUGCUAUGAAAUUCUAACGAUUGCCAAAAAGCAACGAUUAAAUGAACUUAAAGAAAUAGCUUAUCGAUUCAUGAGCGACAACUUCCUCCAGGUUCUGAAAGACCCGGCAGUUUACGGGCGUCUUACAGGCUCAGAGAGAGAUUUGAUCCUGCGCAAACGGAUGGAGAGCCGCAAAUGUCUGAUGGUGGCAGAAAUGAAUGAUGUUUUUGAGCGAGUGGGAAGUCGACCACCCAGCAGAAACAGCAGCCGUCCCCAGAGCCCCCUCUCCAUCACAUCCUUUGAGGACAAUCACAUGAUCUAUUACUACAACAAGAGUAGUAAGGACUGGCACACCCUGACCAUCAUGCCCGAUGACAUCAACACCAAGGGCUGUGGUAUCUGUACAAUGUACAACUACUUGUUUGUGGCUGGUGGGAUCAGAGGGGUUGGAGAGAAAAGCAAAGUCUUAGACAAAGUUUUCUGCUACAAUCCAAUCACGGAUCGCUGGAGUGAGGUCCGACCCAUGAACCAAGCAAGAUCGCAACUCAAACUCGUCUCCAUGGACGGAUACCUUUAUGCCAUUGGUGGUGAAUGUCUGUUCACGGUUGAGAAGUAUGAUCCUCGCAUGGACCGCUGGACUGCAGUGGCUCCUCUACCUAAAGGAGCGUUUGCAGUGGCUCAUGAAGCCACCACCUGUAACGGAGAACUGUAUGUCUCGGGAGGGUCUCUGUUUUAUCGGCUGCUGAAAUAUGACCCCAAGAGAGAUGAAUGGCAGGAGUGUCCUUACAACAACAGUAGGAAAAAAUCCACUGACAUGGUGGCUCUUAAGAGCUUUAUCUAUCGGUUUGACGUUAACCGUGAACAGGGAAUCAGCGUCUUUAAAUACAACACCAUUGUAAAGAUGUGGCAUGAUUGUGCCUCCCAACAGCAGGGUUGCACACUACCGUUUCGAUGUGCCGUCAUCGAUAACUGCAUUUUCUGUGUGAAUAAAUCUCAGACACUUCAAUUCAUAGUGGAGGAGGAUGGAGGUCGAUUCAAAGAAGAGACUCUGAAAGCACCUGUGGAGGCUAAAGGGAUCUUAUUCCCAUUCAUUCUCAGCUUGCCUGAGAGAGGUGGAAGAAUUGUGUGAGUUGGUAAUUUUAUCCUUUGGAUGACUCUUCAGAGUCACUCCAGACCUGGUGAAAGAGAAUGCCUGAUCAAUUUAUAUACAUUUUAGCUUUCCCAAAAUGUUCAAGGCGCCUGCACAUAGUGCUUAAAAAUGGAAUGUGUUUUCUUUGCAUGGUUAGAAAAAGAUUUUAUGUGGUGCGCCUUAAUAUCCAACCCCACUUUCCCUUUAGGGACAUGAAGAAAUGAAUAGACAGCAUAUAGCUCAUUUGUGCAGUCUCUUGGUUUGCUUUGUGCACUUUUUUUAUCUGAUAGUACUUGUGGUUGGACUUUGCCGUUGAAAUUAGCAAAAAAGAAUAUCCAUUCGCAAAUGAACAACUGAAGCACAUGAUGAAAUAAUGUGACCCUGUUUCCUAGCAACAGAUUCUAUGCAUACAGAUUUUGAUUAAAAUAAUAGAAAUUAUACAUUUUUGAGCCAUAUUUAUAAGCCUACAAGAGAAGGGGCCAAUAAACAAAAAAAAUGGCAUAAAGCAGAUAAAGACAUUACUUUAGCUGACAUUAGGGAAACAUUAAGAGCACAAAGCACUUGACUUUAGUACCUGCUGCUGUUUCCAGCUACUCAAAUAUUACUGGAUCACCAGGUGUGUAUGGGAGAGGAAUUAUGUGAAGAGUAUAGUACACAGCACACUCAGUAGUUUACCUCGGCGACCCUUUGGGAUAAGAUUUUGUUAGCACUUUUAUUAGGGAGUGUCCAGGAGGGUCUGAUCCUUUGAAUUCAUCUCUGAAUCAUUGCCAAAAUGUCUGAUAUUGUGGGCACAUUCUCACAAGCAAUACAUCAUUUGAAGGCAAUAUGUCAAUCAUCAAUAUGUCUUAGGAUUUCUGAACAUACUGUCAAGCCUGCAAUUAAAGACUACACGUACAAUACAGCGAGUGAAAAAACAUCCCUGAGAAAUACUUGCUCUCAUGGUUGAGACAUUUCAAGAAAACAUUUAAGAAAAACUAUGUAUUAUCACAUUCAUUCAUAUUGUGUCCAUAGCAUGUAAUAAGGCAUCAUAAUAUUAUUGCAGCUUUAUAACUUGGAUGUGGUGUUUUGUGUUGACUUGGGAGUAUUUUACAGAGAUAAAAUUUAGUUCACGUUUCAGUUUCCCCCAGACAUUUCUGAACAGACGUUUCUGGAGUAUUUGAGAUUAAGUCAUGAUAAUUUGAAGUGGAUUCUAUAAAACUUCAAUUUGAUGUAAUUCUGUUGAAAUGUUGAAGAGGGGGAUUUUAAUAUGAGCAUGAAUGCUUUACUGACUUUAUCUCUGAUGCUGUGCUUUAUUCACUUUAAACAAUGCUGAAAAUCACAUAAGACACCAUUCCAGUAAACAUCUCUGAGGUCACAGAUUAAUUUGAAAUUUGUAUUGGUUCCCUUUCUCUACAGUAUCUAUAUGGGAACUUAAGUUUUUUUUAAAAGUUGUGCCUGAUUGCCUCAUACCAAGAGGUUCCCAUUUCUUUCACAAGAGAUUAGGAUGCUGCUGACAUGGCAACCAAAGUGUCUAUGACUGAUCAUAUGGAUGUGUGGGUGGGGCAUUGCUUACUGUAUUUGGUUGCUGAUGUGUAUAAGGCUAAUCUGCUAUUGAAACAAAUGGCUUGAUGGCUUUACAUUUUAUGUGGCUCUAUGUCAGUUUAACAUCGAACAAACUAAUGUUUCUGUUAACAAUAAAAGUUUUUGAGUUUCUUUGGUCAUUUAAGUUA